UGUGGACCUGAGAAGCUUCUUUCUUCUGGUGUCAGUAACAGGCCUUUGACCAUGGGUGAUUCUCCUCCAGCUACAGAUAAUGGGCAUGACAAGAAGAAAUUUAAGAGAGACAGAUCACAAUGCUCCCCUUCACGUGUCCUUCAUCUUCGUCAAAUUCCAAGUGGUGUUACUGAAGCAGAAGUCAUUUCAUUAGGCAUCCCUUUUGGGAAAGUAAGCAACCUCUUGAUGCUAAAAGGAAAAAGUCAGGCAUUCUUGGAAAUGGCUUCUGAAGAAGCUGCUAUUAAUAUGGUCAAGCACUAUACACCUGCUGCAGCUCACCUCCGCAGCCAUCCUGUUUAUAUUCAGUAUUCCAAUCACAGAGAACUUAAGACUGACCACGUACCUAAUCAGGCGAAAGUCCGAGCUGCAUUGCAAGCUGCGAAUGCUAUGCAGACUGGUAACGUGGCUAUUACAAGUGCCUUUGAUGAAGGUGGGCUCCAACCGGGUCAAAGUUCUGUUCUUCGAAUCCUUGUUGAAAACCUUUUCUACCCUGUCACUUUAGAGGUGCUGUAUCAGAUUUUCUCUAAAUUUGGAUCUGUCUUGAAGAUUAUCACCUUCUCUAGAAAUGAUCAAUUCCAAGCUUUGCUCCAGUAUGCUGAUCCAAUGAGUGCAUAUUAUGCCAAAAUGGCUCUGGAUAGCCACAGUAUCUACAGUGGAUGCUGCACUCUGCGAAUUGAUUUCUCCAGGUUAACUAGCCUUAAGGUAAAGUACAACAACGAGAAAAGCAGAGAUUUCACUCGUUUUGACCUUCCUUGUGGUGAUGGCCAGCCACCCCUGGAGCCAGCCAUAGUUCCUGCCUUUG